GUGACAGCAAGCCUGGCCCUUAGCAUCAUCUCUAUAUUGGGGGUCACAGUGGCUUUCUUUGAAUUCCUUAAAGGCKUCCUGAAUUUGCAGUAUUACCAUUACAGCUAUUAUCAUUCCUACUAUGAUGACAUCACAAACUCUACCAGAGAUGAUGUCCCCUGGCGUAAACAUCAUACGGGCCAGUUGCGCAGCCUUGAGGCUGUAUUCAUGUAUCAGAGCUUAGUGGGAAUGGUGUUCCUAAUAAUGAUGACAGCAUUUGCCAGGGCUGCCUUGCGGUCCAGCAAGACACAGGCAAUUGUUGUAAUGAACAAUCUACCAUCAGCAGACUGAAUUAAGAAAAAGCAAGCAUUUUAUGACUGUCUCUGCCAUGAAGGAUGGAUAGAAAACUUGGAUUUAUUGAUAUAAAAUAAAUGUAUUCAAUGUGUAGAACAUUUCAUUAAAUCCACAUAUAGAAAUUGUCUUUGUAUACACUUUUCAUUUCUACUUUGAAAUAAAUGUAAUAAAAUAAAAUAAAACAUCCAUGUAAUACAA